AUGUUGGACUCCGUAACCCAUAGCACCUUUCUGCCCAACACAUCCUUCUGUGACCCCCUGAUGUCUUGGACCGAUUUGUUCAGCAAUGAAGAAUAUUACCCUGCCUUUGAACAUCAGACAGCCUGUGACUCCUACUGGACAUCUGUGCACCCUGAGUACUGGACCAAGCGCCAUGUCUGGGAAUGGCUCCAGUUCUGCUGUGAUCAGUACAAACUUGACGCCAACUGCAUCUCCUUCUGUCACUUCAACAUCAGCGGCCUGCAGCUGUGCAGCAUGACGCAGGAGGAGUUCAUCGAGGCAGCCGGCAUCUGUGGGGAGUACCUCUACUUCAUCCUCCAGAACAUCCGCUCCCAAGGUUAUUCCUUUUUCAAUGAUGCUGAAGAGACCAAGACUGCCAUCAAAGACUAUGCUGAUUCCAGUUGCUUGAAGACAAGUGGCGUGAAGAGUCAAGACUGUCACAGUCGAACAAGCCUCCAAAGCUCUCACCUGUGGGAAUUUGUCAGAGAUUUACUUCUGUCUCCUGAAGAAAACUGUGGCAUCCUGGAAUGGGAAGACAGGGAGCAGGGCAUUUUCCGAGUGGUUAAGUCAGAAGCCCUGGCCAAGAUGUGGGGACAAAGGAAGAAGAAUGACAGGAUGACAUAUGAGAAGCUGAGCAGAGCCCUGAGAUACUACUAUAAAACGGGGAUUUUGGAACGGGUUGACCGGAGGUUAGUGUACAAAUUUGGAAAGAAUGCGCACGGGUGGCAAGAAGACAAACUAUGA